UAGAAAUGAGGAUCCAGGUCUCCUCAUACAAUUUAGGGUUAUUUCUCUAUUCAGUUUUUACCUCCUUUGCCAAACUUCAUGUUCCAAUCAACCUCACUUGUGCGUUGUGAGGUUGGACUUGACUUUGGUCCAGGUAAAAGCAUUUUGGCUCUUGGGACAAUGAUUUAGAACACAAGUAGGAGUGUCAAAAGUUGAGACAGAGACUCAAAUGAAAUAAAAGGAUAGAGACUUGAGACUGGGACAAGUACUUUGAGGUGAAUAGGAGCAAGUUUAGGGAUAUUUCUAGCGUAAAGUAGAAAGAGGGCAGAUUCCUGAAUACCCUGUUUAUGAAAAGGCAAGUCCGAAUAGAGAGACUGGAGAGAAGUAAAGGGAAGCAGGGGGAUCAAACUGAUGACAAAUCAGAGUCUAGGUCCCAGGAAGAAAAUGUCAGGAAACAGCGUUAAUUCAUUCCCAAGAUGAGCUGUGAUGGCAUGAAAGAUAAAACACUGAAUAAGUGGCAAGUGCUGGUAUCACUGUUAUUAUUUUAUAGUUCUUGGUUUAAAGGGUCCCACAGAUAACAUUUCCCUUCUAUAAUGAAUAUUCCUCAAUCAGAACAGAAGGAGGGCCAAGGGAUCUGACUCACAUUCAAAACCUGGUUUCUUUUGCUGGAAAAGUUAACUCCUUAAAUAUCAGUGCGCAGUUUGCAGAACUUUAUCACUUUCCCCUGUGAUCAUUACUGUUGACCUCAUGAAUGCAAAGUCAAACACCAGUGAUCUGGAAAGACCUUGGGUAGAGGCAACUGUCGCCUAAGGACCAAUUAAUUUAACAGAGAAGGACUUCAAGAGGCCUGUCUCUGUCUGGGCUGUGUGUACUUCCAACUAGGGGCUUACCUCCUUAGGAACUUAAAUUCCAAUAGGGCCAAAUGGUGAGAAUCUAUCAAUCCCCAUCCCCUUUUUUCAAGUUUCAAAAGAUUUUAGAAAGGACAUUUUUCCUUAGUAUUUUGGUAAAGCAUUAUGAGAAUCACUCAGAGUGACUCUUGAUGGUAGACUUUAGGGCACACAUUUUGGUAGUUGGGAAGAGAAGCUAGGCCAACCCUUUGUUAGCAGGAAGUAAGGGUAGAGUGAAGGACCAAAAAGCUGGACCAAUAAAUGAAGCUGAGCUGAAGACAGUUGAGAUUGUAAAGAGAGAAAGAUCAGAAGAAACUCUACAGGAAAGCUGCUGUCUCCCUGGCUGUGACUGUCUGCCUGGGUUCUGGUGGUUUGGGACUCUCUUUUGCUAAUUGGAGUUCUAAUGAGCAUGGACCGGGGCAAGGCAUCUAAAGCGAUGAGGGUCUUACCAGAGUAUUACCUGUGUCCUUUGAUGUACCUUGGGAAGGGCUGGGAGCUGGCAGGUGGGCCACAGGCAGAGUGUGAGGUGAGGCGUGCUUAUUGCUGGCUGUGGAGUGAGGAGGGACCGCACUGUCUAGCAGGCAGUGGAGAGGCAUGGCCCCACGAUGUCACGUUCACCACUUAACAUCUUAAAUCCACGUGGUUGACUGCCCAUAGAUGAGGAUUUUGUGGUGACAGGAAGUGAAAAUCAUAGUAGGCCAAGAGCCUGCACAUCUGUCUAGUCAGUCAACAAAUGUUUGUUGAGUAUCGAGCCCCAGGCACCGUUUUAGGCACUAGAGAUAGGGUAAUGAACACAGCUGACAGAGUCCUGUCUUCACGUAGCUUGUGAAGGCAUGGACUCUAAAUAAAUCAUUAUAUAUAUAAUCGCAGGUAGUGAUUAGCAAUAUGAUGUAAAAUAAUGCUCAGCAUGGGCUAGAGAGUGAUGGGAGCUCAUACUGAGAUGUGAUGAUGAAAAGAGACGAGGUGGGGAGGGUAUAGCCUAGCAUGCACAAGGUCCUGGGUUCAACCCCCAGCACCUCCAUUAAAUAAUAAAUAAAUGAACAAACAAACCUAAUUACCUCCCACCACCAAAAAAAAGAAAGAAAAGAGUCAAAAUAUGCUUUCUUAAAAGAUGAUGAUCCUGAGGGGCGGGGGGAAAUUGGAGUAUCAUACUUAGCACCAUAGCCAGAGAAAGGAGACAGCGGGACUGGCUUUCUUUUGAAAGCCAGUUGUCUGUUGAGUGUGUUACAAGUCUGUCUACCACGUAGCGGGCUGGAGUGUUGUGGGGGCAGCGAGCAGAAUUACCAGGUUUCCCCUCUGGCUGGACUGACUGAUAGAACAAAGUUGACUGUUCCAGCCAAAGUUGAAUUUGCCAAGAUCUGAAGGAAAAUGUAGAUUUUAAUACUAGUGGGUGGGGAUGACUAUGCCUUUGUCUCAUGCAUGUGUGAGCUCAUCCUUGCUCUCUUUUUUAAUGAGAAAUAGUUUCUCAGCUGUAGCAAAAACCCACAGUGCUGGUGUGAGGGCCUGAGAGAGAGGCUGCUAGUUUCUGUCGUUUCUAAAUUUACAUACACGCUGCCACAAUUGUAGGUCCCAAAUUUGACCUAGUUUCAUUCAUUUGGUUUUCUUCCAAUACCUAAUUUCCUUAACCUGGAUAUAGAUCCUUUUAAUUUCCCCAGUAUGUACAUGCGCUUGUUUAUCUCUAUUUCUGACUCGUCAACAAAAAAGUGAAUCUGCUAUUUGAAGCGAAGGAGGGAUAAAAAUUGCCACUUAAAGGGAUUUAUUUCCAAAGCAGUGCCUCAGUGUUCUUUCUUGUUCCAGUUUGCCUGGAUGCCUCAAUGGAUAAACCACUUUUCUUUAAAAAGAAAAUAGAUGAUGAGGCCCGAGAUCUCACUGGCAUCAGGGACGGGCACUGUCUUUGACACCCAGUUUUUCAGCAAAGAGAGGCCUGAACCCCCCCCAUCGAGUCAAGUCCAUCUCCAUGACAACUUUCACGGAGCCUGAGGUAGUGUUCCUGCAGUCCCGGGGAAACGAGGUUUGCAGGAAGAUUUGGCUGGGUCUUUUUGAUGCUCGGACAUCUUUAAUACCAGAUUCCAGGGAUCCUCAGAAGGUGAAGGAGUUUCUUCAGGAAAAAUAUGAGAAGAAGAGAUGGUAUGUCCCCCCAGACCAAGUCAAGGGGCCUGCUUAUAGCAAAGGCAGUGCCUCCACCCCUGUCCAGGGCUCCAUCCCGGAAGGGAAGCCCCUGCGGACACUUCUGGGGGAUCCCGUGUCAUCUCUCUCUGCUGCUGCCUCCACCUCCAGCCAGUCUGUCAGUCAGUCUCAGCCUCGGACAUCGCAGCCCCGGAGCGCUCAGCCUCCUCCCCACUCCUCAGUCAAGGCCAGCACUGAUCUGCUGGCUGACAUCGGCGGGGACCCCUUUGCUGCGCCCCAGGUGGCACCAGCUUUUGCUGCGUUUCCAGCCUUUGGGGGCCAGACGCCUUCCCAUGGGGGCUUUGCCAACUUCGAUGCCUUUGGCAGUAGCCCCAGCUCUUCUGCAUUUGGAAGCCUUCCUCCGGCUGGCCAAGCCCCCUUCCAGGCCCCGCCGGCACCCCCAGCCAGUCGGAUGCUAACUGGAAGUUCCAGCUUUGGGAGCAGCCAGGUGACUCCAUUUGGUGCCUCUCUGGCACCUGCCAGUCAGCCCAACAGCCUUGCAGAUGUGGGCAGCCUCCUGGGACCCAGGGCAUCAGCUGGAGGCAUCCCUGGCAGCAUCUUCGGAAUGGCCGGCCAGGUCCCCACGCUCCAAUCAGCCACCACUGGUGGAGGCGGCAGCGCAGGGCUUGCCUUUGGAGCCUUCAACCCUUUCACCACCCCUGCUGCUCACCCCCAGCUGCCUUCCACCAACCCGUUCCAGCCCAACGGCUUGGCCACAGGGCCUGGCUUUGGGAUGAGCAGUGCUGGGCCUGGCUUCCCGCAGACAGUGCCACCCACCACGGCCUUUGCCAGCCCCUUCCCACCGCCACUUUUCCCCCCACAGACCCCAAUGACUCAGCAGCAGAAUGGCUCUUCCUUUGGAGACUUGGGCUCAGCCAAGCUGGGGCAGAGGCCACUGAGCCAGCCAGCCGGGGUCUCCACUAACCCCUUCAUGACUGGAUCCUCAUCUAGCCCGUUUGCCUCUAAACCUCCUACCACGAACCCAUUCUUGUAGCAAUGUGUCCUCGGGGGCCUGUCUCUGGGGCCCCGCUACUCCCUGAAGCUCUGACGACCACUUGCCUGUGGCAUUUCUGCGUGUCUGAGAUGAGAUGGCUCUUGCUUUGCAGGGUGGGGUCUUGGGGCUGGUGGAGGCGCUGAUGCUUUGCUUGGGGCUUGCAGUGAAAAGGACGGCUUCCUAGGUCAGCUGCCCUAAGACUCCCUCCCUGCUCCCUCCAGCCCCCACCCAGGCAGGAGGCCCAGGAGGAGAGACACAGGUCCUGGCCUAGAGGAGCGACAGUGUCGUAAUGCUGAAAUUAUUAAUGAUUUUGACAGUAACCCUCCUCCUCUCUGGCCAUCAGCGUCCACAGGACUCCUUGACUCCCAGCCCUGUGGGCGGAGAAAGCCGUGGGCCCAGGCUGACCAGGCUCCCCUGUGGGAACAGCUCUCCCCCAUGCCUGGCUUUCCAAGGCCGUUCUCCUCGUGGACAGCAGCACAGUAAGGAAAGCAGGGAAAAGGUGGAGAUGAGGCGAGCCUGGUGUUGACGUGGGAUGGAGACCAGACAGGCCGAGAAGGCCACGGGAGGCCAGAGUGCCUCUGCUGCCCUAGUGUGGCCAGCACGCCCUCUCUCCAUGUUUUCGCUUCGCCAGCUCCCUCCCGUGUCCUGGGCACUCAGGAUGCAGAGUUUCACCUACAUAUUUCUACAUGCCCAACUUCUGUCAAGCACUUUAGUUAGCCAUGGUGUCCUGUUUGGAUACCAGUGUUUUAUAUUUAUACAUAGGGAGAGAAUUUUCUAUUGUAGCCUAUUAUAUAUAUAUAUAUAUAUAUACACACACACACACACACAGACUCACACAUAGAGAUCCACGCAGCCAUUCUCCCUCCCAGACAGCUCUCUACACGGGGAAUGGGAUGCAGCCCCAUCUGUGCCUGGACCAGCAAAGCCGGGGCUCCAGGGGUUGUGGGGGAGGGAGCCACAAGUCCCGACCACCCCAGAGCCUGGGCUUUUCCGAGGAAAGGCUUUGUGCAAUUGGCUGUUUUGUUCCUUUCUUUUUUCCACAUGCUUCCCCUGCCCCCCAGCCCCCAAACCUCUGCACCAAAGCUGUUGCAAGCAAUGUUGGAAAAGAACUGCAUUUGAAAGAA